AUGGGGAAUAAACAGACCAUCUUCACAGCACAGCAGCUAGAUGCUUAUCAGGACUGUACAUAUUUCACGAGAAAAGAAAUUCUCAGACUGUUUGACCGCUAUCGGGAUUUGGCACCGCAGCUCGUUCCCCUCGACUACACCAGCCAGCCAGAUGUGAAGUUACCAUAUGAGCUGAUUGGCAGCAUGCCAGAGCUGAAGGACAACCCAUUUCGUCAGAGGAUCGCUGAGGUUUUCUCUGAGGACGGAGAGGGAAACAUGACACUGGACGACUUCUUGGACAUGUUUUCAGUCCUGAGUGAGAUGGCGCCGCGCGACCUCAAGGCCUACUACGCUUUCAAAAUUUAUGAUUUCAACAACGACGACUUCAUCUGCAAGUCAGACCUGGAGAAGACGCUGAACAAACUGACCCGCAACGAGCUGACGGAGGACGAGGUGAGGAUGGUGUGUGAGAAGGUGAUCGAUGAGGCGGACCUGGACAACGACGGACGUCUGUCUCUGGAGGACUUCCAGCACAUGAUUGUUCGAGCUCCAGACUUCCUCAGCACCUUCCACAUAAGGAUAUAAAAGAAGAAGCAAUCAUUUGCAUUUCUAAAUUUAAAUAUUACCUAAUGAUGGACUUACUAAUACUGCAGAAUAUCUGGAAGAUGGGGAAUCCUGAACAUCUCAACCAAAAGCCAACUAUCUAGCUCCAAUUUCAAUUUUUGUGUUUCAUUUUUUACUGCUCUUCAUUAGAGAUAAUCAAACUCCAGAGUGAGUACUAUGAGUAACUGUGAAUUGUCAGGUUUUUAACAGAAGCUAUACAGUAGGAACGCACAGUAUACAUCAGGCUGAUAAUGGAAAAUU